AUUCCGCGAAGCUUUGUUUACAUUCUGAAGUUUUGAAUUCAAAAAGUUAAUAACUGUCGCAUUAUGUAGAAUGAACGCUAAAUUGUAUGAAAUAUUUUUUUAUAUGUCGGUGACAUAAUUUAGUGGACAUAAAGACGUGUUUAUUAAAAGAUCCAUGAAGAAAGUACGCUUUGAGUCACCAGUUAAACCUAUUUCAAAAAUGCUCGAACCAGAAUGCCAUUCGCCAAGGCCAUUUAUUCAUAAGCAAGUUAAAUCAGCGCCUCAAGUAGAAUAUCUAGACUACCGAACGGUACCAUUUACAAAUGAUCCCGUACAGAGAUUCGAGUUUGGAAAUUCUUCGCCGUAUCCAGUAGUAAGUAGAACAAGUCUGACAGAUAUUCCUAAGUUAGAACACAGAUGGGCGCCUUCUAAUGAACUAGAUUUAAGUAUGCUUGAUUCUGCACUUACUUCACGUACUAUGCAGCAAACACACCUAGCAGGGCAGACAUAUAAUUCACCACCAGUGUACUGCAAUACAAAACAUAAUCCACUGGCAGAAAUAAAUUCAAAUGUUUUAGCUGCCACGGAAAAGCCAUUCUCAACUCCACCAAAUAUUCUCAGAAAGAAUGAGGAUUUUUUCAUUCAAAGGGAUAAAUUAAAUGGGUAUAUAAAGUUAAGUAGUGAACUUGGUAAACUACAUUUGGAAAAAGAAAAUAAUCCAUUAUUAAAGAAAAGUCAAAUUAUGAUGACGGGUCAGGCAAACUUACCUCUAAAAAAUGUAGACAGCUUGAGUUCCAGUAACUCUUCAAAUGAAAUGGAUAACAGUAUAUGUAGAUGUCAUCACUGUAUUAAGGUUUACAAUACCCAACAUAUAGAACGGUCGGGAGUUGAGAUAGUAAAAAAUCAAAACAUUAACAGAAACAGCUACAAUGUGUGUCAUUGUAUAACAAUGCUGCCACAAAACCAUGCACAUUGUGUUUGUAAUAUUCCUCAAAUGAGACCUGUUGCCCCAAACUGUAAUUGUAAUAUCAAAGUAACUCCUUCACCACAAAAUGCUGUUGAUAAAAAGACUUGGGCCAUUCAAAAAUAUGAACAAAAUAAUAACACAGAAUGCUUAGAUGUGGAGAAGCAGACAAAUAUAACUAUGGAUAAACAAGAACCAACUGUGGCUGAUUUAUUUAAAAUAAUUAAGAUGCAGAAUGAACAACUGCAGUUACUGCAAGAUAAAGUUGAUAAAUUUAUAUCAUCAAAUACAAACAAUGGAAACAGAAUUAACCCUCCUGCCCAAAAUUAUAUAACUGAGCAGGUAGCUCUUCAAUCGGGCAGUACUGAGCAGAAAAUAUCUAUAGGUGUUAUGACUAGUUUUGAGGUGGUUCGAACUUCUACUAUAAUCAAUAAAGAAUUUGUCAAACAAAAUGAAGCUCAAAUACAAUGUAAUAGAUCACAAAUUAGUAUAAAAGAGGUUGUGUCGAAACAACCAGAUAAUUUAAACUUUCUUGACGGUUUGAGUCCUGUCUCAAAACAAGUUGAUAUGCAUCAGCCAAAUAAAAGCAACCCUAUAGUUGGUAAUGGUGAUGCAAAAAAGAAUGAUUAUACAGAAGACAAGACUUUGAAUGAGAUGAGUUUGUUUAAUGUCCAAGUGGAUAAUGUUAUUACUCCAAACAUUUCACCAGAGCAAAGUCUCUAUCUAGAUAUCAGGGAUUAUAGCGAUUCUGAUGCUAGUAGUGAUGAUCAAUCUAAUGUGGGAUGGACAUAUUAUAAUAAAGUUAUGACACAUGUGAAUGGGAUGUUACAGGAAUCCGACAUGCCUUCCUCGGCAAGUGCAUUGUAUAGGAAUGUAAAACAAAAGUGUAUGCAGAUGCAAAUUGACAAAUCUAAUGUCAGUGUGGCUAAAAGGGUAACGUUUGGAGACAGCCCACAAGGUAUGCAAAGGCCACAGGUUCAACACAUCGCAAAUCCCUCCACGGACACAAGUCUAAAAAUGAAAGAGCUUGCAGCUAAAUACUUGAACCAGGGCACUACGCCCACCACCCCAUCACCCAGACCUACUAUGCCUGUCGACAUGUCUCUAGCGACGAGAAACUAUAUGGAGAAACAUAGGAUAUUACAAGGUACAAAUAUGCAACCCGGCCAUCAAAUGAUGGAUAUACCGAAAUUUUUAGAUAUAACAGCAUUAAAACAACAACCUAAAUUUUUAUAACAAUUAUUUUGUUACGGAUGUGUUCAAACUUUGAAAGCUUUGCAUGUCAAUCCGUGGCAAAACAUGAACAUUCAACAGGUUAAGUUAUGGUAGCUUAUCAAUUAAGAUACUCAAAUAAUUUGAAUAAAUAUGUUUUACUAGAAAAUUUGGAUUAGUUUGUUAAGUGUUUUUUUAUUAUGUUAUUUAAUUUUUGACUAUGUAAUUAUGAAGACUUGUAGUUUUAGAUGAUUCUGUAAUUAAUAUAAUUAUAAUUUUAUCUGUUAAAGGACGACAAACUGUAAAGGCUUUAAGAUCCAGGGUUUACCCUAGUAUGUUAUUAUCUAGCCUUUAAUUAAAGGUGGCAUAACGUUGGAACAGUUUUGAUGUGUGAUUUUACAUUCUGACAUUUGAAGGAGCUGUCAAAUGGUGCUGUUGGAACGUGGCAAUACAUUGCAAACUUGCUUCAACUCUAUGCCACGUUUAUUGAUAAGGCCCUAACUGUUUGUAUUUUAUACAUAUUUGUACUUUUUAAUUUAUAACUCUACGUAGAUUGCUGACCUUAAGUACUAUAAUUAGUAUUUGUGAUAAGACGUUAAUAAAAUAUAUUUAAUAUUGAA